UUGAUCGCCACUUUCGCCAUGGUUUCUCAGGACCAUGCUUGGCGCUCGAGGCAGUUUUCAAGAUCGCUAUGAGAAGAUCAAGCUUCUGGGAGAAGGGGCCUUCGGCGCUGCGUAUCUGGUUCGACCGAAGGAUGAGCGACACCUCCAAGUGGCGAAGGAAAUUCGCAUUUCCCAUCUCACAGACAAGCAGCGCGAGGGAGCCAUCGCUGAGUCGGAGGUUCUGAGAAUGUUGAAACAUCCGAACAUUAUCGCCUACAUCAACUCCUUUUUGGAGGGCCCAAGGAUGUACAUCAUCAUGGAGUACGCCAAUGGUGGUGAUUUGGGCAUCAAGAUCAAGGAACGGAAGGACACCAACGCUCAGUUCGAGGAAUGGGAGAUCAUGCGGAUCUUCGUUCAGCUGGUCCUUGCCUUGACACACAUCCACGCUCGCAAGGUGUUGCACCGCGACUUGAAGCCGCUGAACGUCUUCCUCACUCUGCAGG